CGACAUGUGCGCUGCGUUUGUAUUAAUUUUUGAGUCAUUUCCAUCGACUGCAGCUGAUUUGCGUGCUGCGCUCAAUUGAGUGAAAGAGCGCAAGCAGAGAGACAGAGAGAUAGAGAGAGAGAGAGAGAGCGAAAAGUGCAAUUGUUGACUGCGCUGCCAACAGCGCUGCUGACUGCAUUUUUGCGCUCUUUUGUAGAAGCGCGUGCGGCGCUCUUAAGUCAAACACACACACACACACACAUACACACAGAGGCGAAGGCAUAGAAACACACGCACGCAAAGCAAAGCAAAGCAAAGGCGACGUCGUCAUCGUCAUCGUCAUCGUCGUGUUGCGUCCGAAGCGCAUUCGCAUUCGCAUUCGGCAGCGUCGAAGCAGCAACGCAGCGACGCAGCGACUGCGACGUCGACGCUGGCUGCGACGCUGGCUUUGCUUUGCACGUUCUUUGGACUUUCGCAGAGAUUUCACACGCGAUGCGAUUGCAGUUCUUGCAGACACUUUCAUACGCAUAAACUCAAAACACAACAAACAACAAACAACAACAACAACAAAAUGUUUUAUAAUAAAAUUCAUAACAAACACAAGCGUUUUUAAAACAACAACAACAAAUUUAAAUCUACAAAACAACAUCUCAACUCAACUGCAAUGCAACAGAAACCACAACAACAACAAAAGCAACAACAGCAACAACAACAACAACUAAAGCAACAUCAGCAGCAACAACUGAAACAACUACGACAACAACAACAGCUACAAGAACAACAACAUCCAACAACAACUAAAACAACAACAAAUGCAAUUCUUCAAGUGUGUGUGUGAAAAGAACAACAACAACAACAACAACAUUUGCAACUGCAACAAGAACAGCGGCAGCAGCAACAACAACAACAACAAAACUUGCAACAAUUUUCAUGUCUAGUUUUGAGUUCUUUUCUUUUUUUGAACAAUCCUCAACAACAACAACAAAUUGCAACGCCCCCAACAACAACAAAUUGAACUUUGAACUUUCCAACAACAAAAACAAAAACUAAAAGAAAAUGCUAUGAAAAUUCAAAGCAGACAAAACACACGGAAAAUUUAAUGAAGCUGCAAGAUUUUCAUUUUCCAUUUUUUUCGUUCAUCAACAUUUAAAAGUUUUUUCGGCAAAACCAAAAACACAAAAGCGAAAAAAAACUCCCCUCCAAAAAACAAAAAAAAAAAAAAAAAAACGCAAAACGAGGAAAAAUUAUAAAUUUUUGUCAGAAAGAACAAAACACGAAAAAAUUUUUGUUUUGGUUGUGCAUGCAAAAAAAAAAUUUCACUUUUCGAACAGUUUUUAAACAACACAACAAGAAAAUAAUUUAACAAAAGUAAAACAACAAAAUUUAUAAAAGAAAACAAGAAAAUAUUCAAAAUAAAAAAUACAACAAAAAUUCACACAAAUGCAAAAAGAGGCAACAUCAAGUGACAAAACAACAAAAACAAAAACAAAUUCAACAUCAGCAACAUCAACAACAACAACAACAUUAACAACAAAGUAUUAAACUGCGGUGUUUGGCGUUUAUGCAUAUUCUUCAAAAUUCUAAAUUUCAACGAAGAAGAAAGCGUGUAAAACUUAAAGAAACCCAUACUCGAAAUCUCGGCGUAUCGAAAAGCGAAUCAACGGAAAGCUUGACGACGACAACAACAACAACAACAAGAAGACGAAGACAACAGAAGAAGGAAUCAAACACGCUACAACUCUGGCAGCGCUCUCUGGCUAUUGAAAAAUUGCAACUCUCUCAUUUACUUACACACACACACACACACAAACAAGCACAUACCAAUACACAUGCACACACACACACUCUCUCUCUCAGAAAGAAAACUUGUCGAAAUAUUUGCAACCAACUGGACCAAUUCAAUUUUUAUCGAUAACAACGUAAAAAUCUAAAAGAACACGACGAAGAAGAAGCGGAUACGGAUACGGAAAGCAAAAAGAAGCUGAAAAUGUUUACAAAUUGAACAAUUUCUUUCACAAAAUAACAAAACAAAACAAAAAAGAAAAUCUCUUGAGCUCGAAACGUGGCAAAAAAAAAAAAAAAACAAAAAACAAAACUCAAAACUUUCAAACUCAAAAAGCAAACAAGAAAAUUACGGUUAUUUUUCGGACUUAACAGUGUUGUAAAACGCUCGCAGCAACAAUUUUCGGUGUGCAAAAUCAAAGUGUUAAAAAAAAAACUAAUUUUGAACGUAAAUUGCGAAAUAAAGAAAAUUCAAAAUUGAAUAAAUAAAAACUGCUGCUGCAAGAAGAAACCACAAGCAACAUCCAGAGCAACAACAACAACAACAAGAACAGCUACAAUAUUACUAAUAAUAACAACAACAAUUACAACAAUUAUAACAACAACUAUCAGACCCACGACGCAGAAGACGACCCCGAACAAGAAUCACAAAUCAAUUGAAAAUUGCAACUUAUGGAUUGCUGGACGGGUAACGCCCGACUGGCGAGUGUUUUAGUUUAAGCAGCGUAAGCUGUCACCGACAUGGGCAGUGAGCAAUACUGCUUGAGGUGGAACAAUCAUCAAUCCAACCUGUUAGGGGUGUUUAGUCAAUUAUUACAGGACGGGAGCCUGGUGGACGUUACAUUAGCUUGUUCAGGGGGCCCAUCCAUCAGAGCCCAUAAGGUGGUCCUGUCGGCCUGCUCGUCGUAUUUCCAGAGCCUGUUUCUGCAGCACUCCGAUCCACAUCCAAUUGUGAUACUGAAGGACGUCCGUUUUGCCGAGCUGCAAACAUUAGUUGAAUUCAUGUACAAGGGCGAGGUGAACGUGCAAUAUUGUCAGUUGCCAGCGCUGCUCAAGACAGCCGAAUCACUCAAGGUUAAAGGCCUAGCCGAGAUGACAAAUCAGAAUACGACGUUGCGGGAACCCGAACGGGAACCGGAUCGACUGCGUCCCCAUUCGCAGGCCAGCGGCGGCGGAGCGGGCGGUGGCAGCAAGGCGGCCGAUAGUCCAGCGGCUGCAGCCCUGGAUGCCACAACAGCAGCAGCAUCGGGAGCAACAGCCACAACAGCAGCAGCAGCAACAACAACAGCAGCAGCGACAACAACAACAGCGACAGCUGGAGCAGCGGACAAGAACACAGCGGCAACAAUUGCUGCGGGCAGCACGAGCAGCACAUCAACAACCACAGCAACAGCAAGUACGACGGCAACAAGCACAACCACAACUACAGCAGCAGCCGGAGCCGGAGCGGGAGCGGGAGCGGGAUCAACAACCGCAUCAACGACGGAAACGUCGCUGGGGACAAAGCGAGAGGCAAGCGAACGCUGCAGUCCGACGCCGCCGAAGCGUGCGGCAAGCAGCAGUGCGGUGGCAAGCUCCAGCCAUGUGACAGCCAUCGAUCUGCUCGAGGAUGAGGACGAGGAUGAGCUGGACGAGGAUGACAUGGAGGAUGAUACACCUAUAAUGCCGCUAGAUCUCUAUCAAAGACCCGCCGCUGUCGCUGUAGCGUCUGUUGAGCCGCCUGAGAGCUCAAGUGGUAGCCACAACAACAACAACAACAACAACAGCAGCAGCAACAACAACAACAACAGUAGCAGCAAUACCAGCAACAACAACAGCAGCAGCAACAGUAACAACAACAACAACAGCAGCAGCAACAGUAACAAUAACAACAGCAGCAGCAGCAAUGCCAAUAGCAGCAGCAACAAGAACAUCAACAACAACAGCAGCAACCAAAUGAAGGCCACCUGCUCCUCCUCCUCCGCCUCAGCGACAGCAGCAACAGCAACAGCCACAGGAGGCGGCUCGCCAAGUGGCAGCAACGGCGACUGUGUUGCAACAGCGCUGACGAGCAGCAAUGUGGUUGCCGUCGACGAUGACGAAGACGACGACGAUGCUGAGGCCGAUGCUUCGGGCGAUGCCGAUGGCGAUGCUGAGAUCGAUGCCGAUGCCGAUGACAAUGACAAUGACGAUGAGAUGGAGGAUAACGAUUGCCGGAUAUCGGUGGCCACAGCCCGAGACAUUGCCCAGCGCAUUGCGCAUCACAGCGCUCGAUUGGCGCACGACGAUCGAUCUGCGAACAAUGAUGGAGACGGCGAUGCCGAUGCCGACGACGAUGACGAUGAUGAUGUCGACGAUGUGCUGCGGGCCGAACACGAGGCAUUGCUGCAUUCACCGGCCACCGCCGGUCGGCUGCAGCCCAAGACCGAGGUGCUCGACGAUGAUUACGAUGAUGAAAUGGAUCUGGACGAUGAUGAUGAGGCGGACAACAGCAGCAACGAUAUGGGCCUCAACAUGAAGAUGUCCAGCAGCGGUGGCGGUGGCGUUGAUCUCUCCACAAGCUCCACCGUCAUCCCAUCGCCGUUGAUCACCUUGCCCUCAUCAUCGGCUGCCGCCGCAGCAGCUGCCGCAGCAGCAGCAGCCGCCGCCGCUGCUGCCGCGGCCAUUGAAUCGGCCCGAUCGACACCGGGCGGUGGCGCCUCCGAUCUUAGCCUGUCCAUGGCACAGUCAGCGCGUCCAGCGUCGCGUUCGUCGCGCGACGGCGGCAACACCAACGACGGACGCGCCUCCAGCCUCAUGAAUCCCGUCGUUGCCGGACUCUUGCCAGUGCAAUCGGUGCCAUUGAGCCUCAAGAAAGAGAUCGAUUGCAGCGAGGACGAUAACAGCAGUCACAGCAGACACAUGCAACCGCGUUCGGCAUCAGCUGGCGGCGGACUUGGCGGCGAUCUCGACUACCGCGCCUCGCACGAGUCGGAAACGUCCGAAUCGCCGCAACAACACGCUGUGGGCGCUGUUGGCGCGGUCCUCGGCGGCGGCAGCAGCAGCAGCAGCUCCGCCUCAGCCGCCGCCGCCGCCGUUGCCGUUGCCGCCGCGGCAGCCGCUGCCCAAGAGCAGCAGCAGCAGCAACAGCAGCAGCAGCAGCAACAACAGCAACAGCAACAACAACAGCAAUCGCAAUCGCAAACUUCGCCACCGCCGCCGAUGCACAUGUGCAUGUAUUGCGGUGCCACAUUCUCCAAUCCAAACAAAUAUACGCGUCACGUGCUCUCGCACUCGCUGAAGACGCUCGAGUAUCGCGAACCGAGCCACACCCAUGCCGCCCUCCUGCAAUCGCAUCUGCUGUCGCAUGACCUCAGCUUGAAUGCCCUGGCUCAGGCGUAUCCCUUCCAGAUGAACGCCGCAAUGGCGGCGAGCGCCGGCAGCGCCGAUCCCCAGGAGCAUGUGGCCGCCGUUGCCGCUGCCUUGGGCAUCGAGAUGGACUUUACGCUCCACGGCACCAGUUGCACAUAUCAGAGCUUAACGGCCGGUUGCCUUGAGGCAGCAGCCGCAGCAGCGGCAGCCGGCAGCAGCGGAGCGCCCGGCUCGAGCGGUGCCAGCGGGCGUCUCGGAUUAUCGGGCAGCGGUGGCGGUGGCGGUGGCGGAUCAUCGACAUCAGGCAACGGUGGCUUGGCAGCUGCAUCGGCUAGCCUCUUGCUUGGCAGCACCGCAGCGGGCGGUGGCGGUGGCGGUGGUGGUUUGUCUGGUGCUGUUGUUGGUAGCGGUGGCGGUGGCAGCGGCGGUUGCGGUGGCGGCUCAUCGUCGCCCUCAACGUCCGCCGCAGCGUCGGCAGCGGCGCAGUCCGGCUCGUCGGCCGCCUCGUUGCUCGGCGCGUCAAGUGAUCCGAAUAGUGUUGUCAUGUGUAAGUUCUGUGCUAAAAGUUUUCCCGAUGUUACAUCACUGAUCACGCAUUUGUCGGUACAUACAGGUGAUCGACCAUUUAAAUGUGAGUUUUGUGGCAAAGCGUUUAAGCUGCGCCACCACAUGAAAGAUCAUUGUCGCGUGCACACGGGUGAACGUCCCUUCAGAUGCCACAUGUGCGGCAAAACGUUCUCGCGUUCGACGAUCCUCAAGGCGCAUGAGAAAACGCAUUUUCCCAAAUAUGUACGGAAGUUUUUGUCACCCAGCCCGGUCGACACAAAGGAUGAGCUACCGCAAUAGUGAAACGAUUUUAGUUUGUUAUUAAAUUAUUAUUAUUAUUACUACUACUAUUACAAUAAUAAUAACAACAAUAACAACAACAACUCUAAUAACAACAACAACAACAACAACAACAGCAGCAGCAGCGGCAGCAAUGCAAACUUUAUGCAUAGCAACAACAACAACAACAGCAACAGUAACAACUACAACUACAAUUGAUGUGAAGGAGACAACAACAACAGCAUCAGCAGCAGCAGCAACAACAGCUGCGAGAAAGAGACAACAAUAUAUAUAUAUAUUUGACUUACUUAAGCGAAAAGCGCAAAAGCUUAGAGACACACACACACACACACAUACAGACACAAGAUGUACAUACAUAUUUUAUUAAUUAUAUUAUACAAAUAACUAAAAACGAGGCAAACACACACACACACACAGAAAAUAACUGCAAAUAGAAUUUGCUCUUUUUAACUGAAGCGUAGCGUGUAGAAAAGAGACAACCAUACACACACACAUAUAAAUAUUACAAGUGAAAUGAAGUGAGAAGAACGUAUAUACGCGAUUCUGAUUUUUAUAGCAAAUCAGAUAUAUAUGUGAAAUUGUUGAACUUUAUACCAAGAGCGAUAAUAUUUUUUUUUUCUUUAUGCAAUUCCCACUCACACACACACAGACACACCCUCACUUUUUGUCUCUAUUAAACAUAAAGGAAAUUUCGAGUUAGAUGAAAGAAAGAGAAAAUAUGUUUAAUUUGUAAUUUUAGUGAAGCGAAAGUGAAACCCAAGCAAAAAGUUUAAGCGUUGAUCAUAUAUACAACAACAUACAACAAGAACAUUUUUUUUUUCUAUAAAAUAUUUUAGUGAAGAAGCGUGAACAGCGUGGAGAGUUGUAGCAGGAAUCUAAUUACAAUUGUUAUACAUAUGCAUAUGUCUAUAAUAAUUUUGCAGAAAUUGAAAUAUUUUAAUAAAUAUAUGCAUAUGUAUAUACAUGCAUAAGAGAACGUAAGACAUAUAUAUAUAUACAUACAUAAAUGAAAAUAUUACCUAAAAACUGACAAAAAAAAACAAAAAAUAAAAAAAUAAUGAUGAUGAGAGAAAAGAAAUUCGCAAAAAGUAAAGUAAAGAAAAAUAUACUAAAUUAUAAUGAUAUAUACAUAUGUAUGUAUACAUAUACAUAUACGAUAUAGAUAUGAUAUAGAAAAAGAACAGUGAACACGUGAUGUAACUUUUUAAGUAAUGAUUAUCAUGAUGCAAGCAGCAGCACAUUGUGAAGUUGAUGGCGAGCUGAUGACGAUAUUAGCGAGAGAUGAUGGUAAUAAACAAUAUAUGAAAAAAAAACAAAAACAAAAAGCAAAAAACAAAAAGAAAACUACAAUUAGUUUAAAAGUGAAAGAUCUGCAUAGGUACAUACACAAACACACACACACAUACACUCAUACAGAGAAACGCGCGCGCAGAAGAAUAUAUAAUAUGUAUACAUAAACACUAUAUACAUAUAUACAUAUAUAUAAAUAUUUUAGAGACACAACACAAAAGCAAAGCAAAGCAAAGUGAACUGUCAAGAAACAAAAAAAAAAGUGUAGCAUACUUUUCUGCAGAGCAACUCGAACGUUUACCGCAUACAUAUCCCCACACACACACACAUACACACACACACACACGGACACGGACACUUAGAAGAGUGGCUUCUUAGGCUCUAUAUAUAUAGUAUAUAUAUAUAUAUAUAUAUAUAUACUGAACUAGUACCUAAUGCGAUACUAUUAAUAGCAAGAACUUUGCCGCAACAUUUUGAUCGAUUUGUAGCAAUUGAUAAUAAAUGAACAAAUAUUCAAGUUAUCCCACACACACACACACACAUGAUUGUAUAUAUGUAUGCGAGAAAAUAUAUAUUACUAAUUUUUAGCCACAUAUACAUACAUACAUACAUAUAUGUACAUAGUAUACAUCAAGAAGCAGCAUCUAAUGUGACGAAAAGGAAAAAAACACACACAGAGAACAGAAAAGAACAGCAAAAAAUUUUGGAAUUCAAAUCAUGGAAUGCAGACAUACGCGUGAAUUAUGCAAAGCAGCAGAAUUACAUAGAAUAUCUGUGAUCUUAAAUAUAUAUACAUACAUACGAUACACAAUAACAUAUACAUAUAUACACCUACAUACAACAAAUAUAUAUACAUAUAAAUCAACUUUAGACCAGUGGGAAAACAAACAACAACAAGAACUAACAAUUAAUAGACUCAGAAAACAAACAACAACAAAAAAACAACUAAUUACAGCAUGUGUAGGCAAGCUUAAUACGCAUAGGUCUUUAUAUACAUACAUAUAUCAGAUAUCCGAGGGCUUAGCCGACUUUUAUUGAAUCAAUUCGAAAAUCACUCUUCUCUGCAGAUUUUCUUUCUUUCUUUUGUGUCAUAAUUUACUUUCAAAUUUAUGAAACUCCCCAAAAGCAUUCAGCUUUUGUUCGUAUUGAAACCCUAUAAAAGCAUUCAGCUUUUGUUCACAUACACACACAUACACACACACAUUCACAUUGCUGACAAACACUGACAGAAAUACGUUUUUUUUCUGGUUUCAAAAUGGCGCUUGAAAAUUUUUGACUUCUCGUUUACUUUGCUUUGAAUGAACUUUGAAUAUCAAUUAAAACACAUUGAUAAUCAGUUAUAUAUAUAUAUAUAUAUGUAUAUAUAUGUUGUAUAUGUAGACAUGCAUAUAUAUAUUUUUUGUAUUUUUUAGUUGCGAAAACUAAGAAAAGAAUUACCAACUUUUUGGCUAAACAUUUGCAAGAAUUAUGGAAAACAAACAAAAUUAAUUGCUAGUUUUUUAGGCGAAAUAGAAAAACAAAGAAAAUAAUUGUUUGUGUUAUUAUGUUUAUCUUCAUUGCUAUGAAUACGACAAAUUAUUGUUUUUUUUUUUUAUUUUAUACUAUUUUUUUGGCAACACACGAAGUGGUCGAAAUGUCGCAUUAACAAGUGUCGAGUUCCCCUCAACAAACAAUUGCAAAAUCCCCGAUACACAAUUCUGAAAUCUGAAACUUGUUGUAUAGCCCCAGUGCCUGUGAACACACACACACACACACAUACACACACCAUCAAAGCAAACAAACAAAAUAUAUACAAAAUCGAUCUCAAAAUUAUAACAAAAAAAAAAAAAAAACAAAAAAAAACAAAUUAUAUUAUAAAUGUAUAAUGUAUGCACGAAUAUUUGGGGCUCUGGCCAGACUAUAUAGAGAAGACGUAAGGCGUCCAUGGGCGAUAUUCUGGGAUCGGUUCAGAUUUCCGAUCUGAUAUUGUUAACAGCAGCAGCAGCAGGCGAAGGCAACAACAAAAUGCGCACACUUCAAAAAGGAAAAAACAAAAAAACAAAAAAACGAAAACGCACGCUAGACAAAAUUCAAAAUUCUAAAUUUUAAACCAAAACAAAAGAACAAAACAAAAAAAACGCAAAACUUUUUCGGCAAACAAAAAUCGAAAAGAAAACCCAAAAAAAAAAACAACUAAAAAAAACUUUGGAUUAAACAAUUUGGCUGUGAUAGCAUUAACAAAAAAAAAAAAAAAAAAACAAAACAAAACAAAAAACAACAUGAAUGAGCAUGUGAAUAUUUAAAGCAUAAAUAAAAAACAAAAUGGAAUUAAAAGAAGAGAUUUUCGCUUUGCAUUUUGAAAAACAAUGGAAAUGGAAAACGAAAAGCUGGCGCCAUGAAAAAUUUUGUUGUUGGCUUAUUUUCUCGCAGGGAGCGCAGUAUUAGAGAAAAACAAGACACAGAAAGUGAAAAAAAAAAACAAGGAAAACAGGCAUCAAUUCGUAAAUUGUGAUGUUCAAUUGCAAUAUGACUUUUGCAUAAACAAUAACAAUUAUAAUAAUAACUUAAAACAUAAUCAUUAAAAUAUCAUAAAGAAAUAUGAGGAAAGCAAACAAAAUUUAACGUUUAGGAACAAAACAAAACCAAAAUUGUGAUUUUCGGCCUUUUAGAAACAAAAUUAUUAAAAAAAAAGAAAAAGAAAAACAAAAGUACUACUCAAUAAUUAAUUAAAUUAAUAACUAAUAAUAAUUAAAACGUAACCAAAAAAAAAAAAAAAAA